CGCGACGCCGGCUCGCGCAUUGCUGAUGGACCGCGGCUAGGACAUUGUCUCCUUUAGGAAUCUUUGUGUCUCCACUUCCGGGAUGAAGUGUCACUACGAGGUGCUGGGGGUGAAGAGGGACGCGGGGGACGACGAGCUGAAGAAGGUCUACCGAAAACUAGCUCUUAAAUGGCAUCCAGAUAAGAACCUGGAGAAUGCUGAGGAGGCAGCGGAGCAGUUUAAACUGAUCCAGGCAGCGUACGAUGUUCUCAGUGACCCACAGGAGAGAGCCUGGUAUGAUAACCACCGGGAGGCGCUGUUAAAGGGCGGAGUAAGUGGGGAGUACCAGGACGACAGCAUCGAUCUCGUGCAGUACUUCACUGUAACCUGUUACUCGGGUUACGGAGAUGACGAGCAGGGCUUCUACACGGUGUACAGGAAUCUGUUUGAGUCCAUCGCGAAGGAGGAACUGGAGCACAGUAAAGAGGAGGAUAACGAGUUUGAUGAUUUUCCCACAUUCGGAGACUCUCAGAGUGACUACGAUACGGUGGUGCACGUGUUCUACGGCUGCUGGCAGAGUUUCUGCACACGGAAGAACUUUGCAUGGAAGGAGGAGUACGACACCCGGCAGGCCUCGAACCGCUGGGAGAAGAGAGCCAUGGAGAAAGAGAACAAAAAGACGCGCGAGAAGGCGAGGAAGGAACGCAGCGAGCUCGUGCGCCAACUGGUGGCCUUUGUGCGGAAACGCGACAAACGAGUGCAGGCUCACAGGAAACUGGUGGAGGAGCAGAACGCAGAAAAAGCCAAGAAAGUGGAGGAGCUGCGGAGGAAGCAGAAACUGGAGCAGGCCAAGCUGGCGGAGGAAUAUAAGGAGCAGAAAUGGUCUGCGAUGGCCGGACUGGAGCAGGAACUGCAGCAGAUGGAGCUUCAGUAUGGACGAGAGUUCGGAGACGCAGAGGAGGAGCUCGAGGAGGACAGGGCGGAGACAGCCGACGCCGUGGACGGAUCUGACGAGAUGGACGACUUUUACGAUGAUCUUUACUGUCCUGCCUGUGACAAGUCCUUCAAAACGGAUAAAGCCAUGAAGAACCACGAGAAGUCCAAGAAGCACAGGGAGAUGGUGGCUCUGCUCCGGCAGCAGCUCCAGGCGGAGGAGGAGUCACUGAGUCUAAACUCGGCACAGAGAGAAGACGGCGGGGAAGAGGAGGAUGAAGAACAGGAAGAGGAAGACGAGGAGAAAGACGAGGCGCCCAGACAGAAGUUGUCAAAGAAGCAAAAGAAGAAGAAGCGACAGCAGAAGAACGUGAAUAAUGUUCCAGAAGAGCCGGCGGUUGAGACCGCUCCUCCAGACUCCACCAAUGACAUCAUCGCUCCCGAUAACCAAUCAGGCGAUAAUGAGGACGACCCGCUCGGGUCCGAGGAGGCUGAGGAGGACGUGAAGAAACCCGGACCUGAACCCAAUAAAAGCUCCGGGAAGACGAAAGGAAAAAAAACAGGAAAAGACUCUAAAAAGAGCAACAACGCCCACGGAGGAGCAGAUACCAGUCAGGAGAAGGAGGUGAACCUGCGUUGUGUGAUCUGCCAUUUUGAGUUUAGCACCAGGAACAAACUGUUUGAUCACCUGAAGACGACGGGUCACGCCACAGCGCUGCCGUCCAGCACCGCCAUGAGCACCAAGAGCAAGAAGGAGAAGAGGAAGAACAGAUGACCAGAGCAUCAUCAUCAUCAUCAUCAUCAUCAUUAGGAUUAUCAAUAUUAUUAAGACUGAAGCAGCGUCUCGUGGAAAUUAUUUUUUAUGAGGAUCCAACAGUCUGUGUGUGUGCACGUGUGCGCGCGCUUCAGCAUGUUCAUCCUGCGAGCUGUUUCCAGGAUUUUCAAAAUACAUAUGAAAAUAAAAAUCCCACUCAGGACUGUAAGUGGAGCGUAGCGUCACAGCACGUUUUUUCUCCGUGAGAGACUGCAGACGUUAAAAUGUAAUAAAGUCCGAGAAAUGUCAUUCCUGCUGCCGCUGUCCACAAACACAUGAUUAUAACACACGACCCGGAGUGAACCCAUUAACGCCUGUGCUGAGAACUUCAUCUGGAAACAAUACCGUUGCUAUGGUAAUAAACUAAACAUCUGAUUUUGUGUUUAAUCAGGGUGUUAAUAUUAAAUGAAUAUUUCCGAUUGGGAUGAAAACUGUAAGAUUAAACCUCUGUUUUCCACUUAUUAAAAGUGUGCUCAUGACGAACA